CUGGACUUAAAUUAGAAACAAUUAGGACAGGAACAGGAAGGACCAAAUAAGGGCAUGGAAACACAUGGGGAACAAAACAUACACAAAACAAGUCUGACGCCUGGAGGUUUCUAGUCUGAAGGCCUUUACUAGUUGGUUCUGGUGUGCUUGGUUUGAGCUAAAUUUUGCAGGACAGCAGCCCCCCAGGAACAGGGUUUGACACCCCUGAUUUAGCCCUCCUUUUUGGACACUUUUUUAUGUUUCAUGUUUCCACAGAAACAGAAGUCGUCAUAGUAGGGGGUCAUGUAUUCCAUGUGGCUAUAUUCCCUGAUUCAGUGUGUAAUAGCGGUGCUGGUACUCGGGGUGAGUGUGAGGUUGUGCUUGGCUGCUGGCUGUGCUGCAGCUGGUCCAGGAACUAGAAGCUGGAGCACAUCUGCAUGCCUGAAGCUCUGCCUCUGCUUGGUCGGGUCGGUGGGCAGUAUUGUGGACGCUCCUGUGUCUGUGCUGUUGAACCUGAAGAGCUCCCAAUGCCUUUACACCUGUAUCGCCAUGAUCUCCUGCCCCCUCCUGCUCAGGCAGUUCACCGUGUGCCUUCUGCUUCUACUCACCCUUAACGCACACCUGCAGAGCCGCCUGGGGAACAGAUAUGCAGGAUUAGUCACUCGUAGGCGGGUUUUGUGCUCAGUGCUGCUCUGCUGGGUCAUUUCAGUGAUCAUCGCCUUCGGCCAGUUCUUCGUUUCCUACUCCUUGGAUACCUCGGGAGCGUCUGAGGAUGACGAUACGGCUGGACUGGGGAUGGAUGAAUGGCCGGAAGCCAAUUAUACCACCCCUGCCCUCCCUCCCAAACGCCCCUACCCACAGGAUCGCUCCGUAAUCGGACAGUUCUUGCCUUACGGAGGAUUUCUUUCCAAGUUCCUGGUAGAGGACAAUGAGAACUUCACAUAUGCUGAAAUCCAUGGCAGCCAUUGGGGCAUCUGUGCCCCCGACACCACACUCAGUCCAGUCUUCAUGGUGUAUGUUUAUGCCGUCACCGUGUUUGUUAUCCCUUUGGUGGUUCUGUCGGGUGUGUAUCUGGACUUGAUGUGUUUCAUGCCACAGCAGGUUCCAGCGAGCUCCACACUUCCUCAGAAACGAAGCUCAGCGCGGUCUCGCUCAUUGGCUCUCUCUAUUUCUCUACUAGUAAUGCUUUGCCUGCCCCUGCACAUCACCCACGCUUUGUUACUCUUCGCCCCGAGUGCCGCUAGACCCAGCUGGACCUCUCUGACGGCCUCUGUUCUCUUCCAGAUGUAUAGCCUAGUGCCACCUCUUCUCUUCACCAACACCUCUCAGCAGGUAGGCUUUGAGUGCUCCUUGUUAUCCGCGCCCAACCUGACCUCGAGGGUUAUCUCCUCUCGAGUCAAAUCUGUGGGGAGUGCUUUCCGUUCAGUGGAAGAUUUCAGUCAGCCAGGACCAACACUGAAAGCCAAAGCUUCUCCAGAUAUGUGAUGGGAUGUCAUGUGAAGAGGGCACUGGCACCAAAAGUUAUCUGUAGAGCCUUGCAUGGGUUACGUGAAACUAUUGAGUAAAACUAAUCCAAUAGCUCAUGGCAGAUGCUAGGCUUUCUGCAAUGUGUUUGCUUUAGAGUCGAUCCAUAUCAUUCCAGAAUGAAAUUAAAGAAUCGUGUUGCUGCACAAUGAUUUUCUUCAUACUUUUUUAUGUUGUAUAAAACUUAAAACUGAAGUAAGAAUAAGAGUAAUUUUUUGAGCUCCCUGUAAUUAUUAUACACCUACAUAUCACAUUUCUCUAUGAUGUGGCCAUUUAAAUAUACUGUAGCUAAUGACUGCAGUCAUUAGUUCUAUUCAUAUGGGUACAUUUUUAUAUUCACAAUGAAGUCUUUCCAUUUGAUGAUUUAAAACUCUGUUGUUAUUCAUAUCUGCUAUUUGGCAGCUUUGUAUCUGCUAUUUGAUGCUGUGAUUCACAUAUUCUGUCUUAUAUACUAUGACAAAUGGAUUUAAAGUAUGUAAACUGCACUUUGCUGCUUGGUUUUCUUCAGAAAAAUAUCUCUCCUGUGAUUUUCUGCACGUGUGUUGAGAUCUUGUGCUGCUGCAUUUAAGUAUGCGAUAGGUUGAGCACAUUUUCAUAUUUUCAAGGCUGACAUUUAAUUGCGAAUCACAUAAAUGACAUUUUAAAGUAAAUACUUCGCUUAUAAAAUAAUGGAGUGUGAUAAUCAAAGGUAAAAAUAGGUUGGUGCAUCUUUUGGAAGUUGCAUUCAAAAUCCACUUGCCUUUAAGUCUGAACAUGCGCAGAAAGUCCAACCUGCAGAAAACAAUCGGAUGGAAUGUUUACAUGUCUGGGCUGAUAUUAUCAAAGUCUUACACCACCCAUUUCAAUGUGAAUGACAUUUCUGUCAUAUUUGGUUAGUUUAUUCUAAUUAACAUAAAG